AUGCCACGGCACCGAAUGGGACUACUAAAUGACGUCCAGGUGACAGUAGUCAACCUAUAUGCCCCCAACACCAACCAGUAUGACUUCAUCAGGAAAGGUUUACAACAAGUAGAUAAGCAGAAGAGUGGGCACAUAUUCUGGUACUGCCCAGCACUCAGCCAAUACUGGCAACAAAUCCAAGACACAAUUAAAUCCAAACUAGGAAAACAAUUACCACUCAAGCCUGAACACUACCUGCUCCACAUGCUACCCCGAGAUCUUACAGCCUAUGAAGCAGCGCUGACUACCCACAUCACCUUAGCAGCUAAAACGUGCAUAGCCGCCUUGUGGAAAACUACGACUGUACCUGACAUAAACGCAGUACUCGCCAAAGUAAGCCUCACCCAACAGUACGAGCAGAUGGCACAUACAAUAGCUGGCACACUAGAACACUACAACAGGACAUGGUCUAAGUGGUGA